AUGUCUGUUCUACUGAGCUCCCCGGAUCCUUCUGGACAUAAACUACGAGAGAAGCACGCCCCAACAGCAUCGCAAGAGCCCGAUCGUAAAAAGACUUCAAAUCUGGCUACUUCAAAACCAUCGUUCCACCUCACUGCCCCAAGUGGCUGGAUGAAUGACCCCUGUGGUCUAGGUUACGACCCCACCACAGGUCUCUACCACCUCUUCUUCCAAUGGAAUCCUCACGGCAACGACUGGGGCAACAUGUCCUGGGGCCAUGCCACAUCCACAAACCUAGUUUCAUGGAAAGUAUCGCCAACACCAGCCUUGACUCCAUCGACCGAGUAUGAUCGCUGCGGUAUUUUCACAGGUUGUCUACAAGCUACAGAUAUCUAUGGAAACCCCGGCUCGUUAACAGCCAUGUACACCUCUGUCCGACAUCUGCCUCUGCAUCAUACACUACCUUAUAUCACCGGCUGUGAAUCUCUCAGUCUAGCUGUUUCCAAUAACGGCGGCAAGACAUGGGAUCGUUUGGAGUGUAACCCGAUCCUCGCAGGGCCCCCGGAACAUCUCCCAGUGACGGGCUGGAGAGAUCCCCAUCUAACUACCUGGCCGGAAGAACAGACUACUAGCUCAGGCAGUCCUCAACACCCUCUACACGGCAUUGUAGCCGGUGGAAUCACCGGCAAAGCCCCCGCAAUAUUCGUUUAUACCGUCAACCCGACGGAUCUCCGCUCAUGGACGUAUACCGGCAUCCUAGUCGACGUGGGACUGAACUUCCAUCCCUCCCGCUGGUCGGGAGAUUUUGGGGUGAACUGGGAAGUUGGCAAUCUAAUGACUCUAUCCAAUAACGGUGUAUCACGGGAUUUCGCAAUCAUGGGCGCGGAGGGAUGUCUUCGCUUUGAAGACUCAUUGUGGGAAACACCCGGUACAGCACAACAACAUCGACAAGCCCGGUCUCAGCUGUGGAUGUGUAUUAAACCACGAACCCUGAACACCGUUACAAACCUUCACAAAAACGAAAACGAAGCCCUAGCUGGAUAUGUAUUCGGCGGAUACUUCGAUCACGGAUGCUUAUAUGCCGCGAAUUCCUUCUGGGACCCCCUCACCUCCCAACGUAUCGUAUACGGUUGGAUCACGGAGGAAGAUCUACCAGAUGAACACCGUCACCGCCAGGGAUGGAGCGGGAUGAUUUCGCUUCCUCGGGUGGUAGACCUGGUAACAUUGAAAAAUGUCACGAAAGCGCGCAACUCAAAGCUGGAAUCUAUUACUUCUAUCGAGGCCAUACCUAAUAACCAUCCAUCCGAGCUGCAAACAUACACGAUUCACACUCUGGGAAUUAAACCUGAUCCUCGACUUUGUCUUUUACGGGAUGGAGCUGAACGGAGAUACUUCCCAGACGAGCAUUUACCUGUUUCUCUCCGGGAUACCUCCGACGAGAGUCUUUCUUUGACUUCAAAUUGGUGGGAACUCGAAGCAGAGUUCUCAGUUGGUUCAUCAUGCGGACGGGUUGGUAUUCAAAUCGCACAUACCACAGACUCAAACCCCACCAAAAUCACAACCCUAUCCUACACCCCAAGCACAUCAACAUUCACAAUCCACCGUCCAACCCCCGAAAACAGAAGUCCAGACAUAAACCACGGCUACGAAUCCGCACCACACACGCUCUUCACCACUCUAAACGACAAAGACAUCCAAAUAGAAGAAACCCUCCAAAUACACGCAUUCUUCGAUGAUUCCGUACUGGAGGUAUUUGUUAAUGGGAGGACUGUUAUUUCUACGCGGGUUUAUCGUUCGGAGGGGUUGUGUGUUGGGGUACGUUUCUUUGAGGAGAAAGGGGGGGGAUGGGGGAGUUGUUGA